UUUCUGUCUUGUCAUUUUCUGCUGCCGAAACCUCUGCAGAUUAUUAAAUACUGGAUCGUGGUAUUACGUAGAUUUUCUCAUUAUCAUUUAAGUUUAUUAUAGAAUACUAGUGGAAUAUUGGCCAUACAGUUGUAAUUCUGGUGCAUGUUUUCAACCCUAGAGCAGAUAUCAAUGGCAAAAAUUAAACUACUGGUGUACACGGCAGUGUUACUGUUACAUUUAGCAUUUGGUGAAGACCAAGGAGCGAGUGACGUGACUGUUGAAACAGUGCCUUAUAUCAGCCCAUCACCAAGUAAAGUAGGCGUGUACUUGGCUGAACAUUUUGACGAUUCUUCGUUGUUGGGUAAAAAAUGGAUCAUAUCUAAUUCAAAAAAACCGGAUGUCGAUGAAGAAUUGUCUCAGUAUGAUGGUAAAUGGAGUAUUGAAGAAUUAGAAAGAUUCCCACUAAAAAGAGAUAAAGGUCUAGUUUUAGUAUCAGAAAGUCGUCAUGCUGCUAUUUCUUCCAAACUCGAUAAGCCAUUUAAGUUUGACAGUGAAAAAACUUUAGUAAUUCAGUAUGAAGUAGCAUUCCAAAAGCCUCAUACUUGUGGCGGAGCGUAUUUGAAAUUGCUUACUGAAGGUCCUGCUAUUAAUGAUUUAACUCAGUUCAACGAUAAAACUCCAUAUUCUAUUAUGUUUGGUCCAGAUAAAUGUGGACCAACUUCCAAAGUACAUUUUAUUAUAAGACAUAAAAAUCCAAAGAACAAUUCAAUCACUGAAAAACAUUGUUUGAAAUUAAAAACCGAAGAAACAAUAUUCAGUGAUCAUCAGCCUCAUUUGUUUACUUUAGUCAUUAAACCUGACAAUUCUUAUUCAUUUUUCCUAGACCAAGAAUUGCAAUAUGAAGGGGAUUUAUUAUCUGAUGAUGAUUUUAGUCCACCAAUAAAUCCACCAAAAGAAAUAGUUGAUAAAAAUGAUGUAAAGCCUGAAGAUUGGGAUGAAAGAGCAAAAAUCCCUGAUGAGAAUGCUGUUAAACCAGAAGAUUGGGAUGAAAGUGAACCUGAAAAUAUACCCGAUGAAUCUUCUUCGAUGCCAGAAGAUUGGUUAGAAAAUGAACCUACUCAUGUACCUGAUUCAGCAGCAGUUAAACCUACCGAUUGGGAUAAUGAUAUGGAUGGAGAAUGGGAACCGCCUUUGAUUAAUAAUCCAAAAUGUGAAGAUCGUUCAGGAUGUGGACCUUGGUCUAGACCAUUAAUGAAAAAUCCCAAGUACAAAGGCAAAUGGAAGCAGCCAUUAAUAGACAAUCCAAACUAUCGUGGCAAAUGGACUCCUCGGCUCAUACACAAUCCUGAUUACUAUUAUGAUAAAACUCCACUUAAGUCUUCACCUAUUGGUGCUGUUGGUUUUGAAUUAUGGUCUAUUUCAGAUAAAAUUUAUUUUGAUAAUAUUAUAAUAACUGAUGAUGAAUCACAUGCUGAAAAAUGGUCAGAAAAUACAUGGUCAUUGAAAAAGAAAAAUUUAUCACACGAAUCGGAAAGUGUAUUUGGAGCUGUAAUUAGAUACACCAAUGAAAACCCAUGGUUAUGGGCUGUAUAUGUAGUUGUUAUUGCUGUAACUGUUGUACUUGUAGUUAUAUCCUGCUGCACCUCAUCUAAAGAAAAACCUGUAGAUGAAUCAAGAAAAAAAACUGAUGAACCAGUACCAGAUGUAGAAGAAGCUUCUGAUGAAGAACCAACAGCAGAUACUAAAGAUGAAGAAGUUGAUGGUAAAAGUGCUGAUGACGAGGAAGAAAAUGUUGAUGCAGAGGCUGAUCAAGUUAGUGAAGAUCAAGUGCCAUCCUCUCCGAGAAAGCGCAGAACAAGAAAAGACUGAAUCUUCUUGUGAAUUCUUCUUUCCCUGGUAGCAUCUUUUGUUGUAUUCCUACACUUGUGUAUUUUGUUUUUAUUAUUAUAAUUUUUUUUUUUU